AUGACACGCCUCAGAGGUUGCGAUUUGCCAACAAUUCAGGCUGUUUCUCGUCACUUUCUUUCCCGUCACCCCGUUGGUGCUCCCACCUCGAAAUGUACAGGCUUGGACGCCUCUGUUCCUGUCGCUCUAGUUCAUCUCAUGGCUGGUAAUGUACUAGCUGCGAUUGAGCAGAUUGGCCGAGCCCGUAGCGUUACUCCUGAUCCUAAGGUGGAUGGAGCGCUCCGUUCUGUUGCUGGCUUGGCUUGGGAAGUGGUUGCAAAUCAUGAGGACUGCCAAUCAAGGUCAAUUUUGUCUGCUGCAUUCAAGUGCUUGCCGAUUACAAACACACAGAAACGCAACAGUCAGUUACGGCGGUUGUGGCCUAUGGUGUGGGACGAGCCAGGUGUACAAGACGCUUUGACAGCUGAUGAGAAGCUUGAUAUUCUGGAAUCAUGGGUGGCUCCAACAAAAUGCAUAACAAGCGUUGAGAUUCCUGGCGCAGCACUGCGUUCCGUUGGUAGUAACAACUUCUCUAAACUUCGAGUAUGGGCCAGAUGUAGUCAUGUGGAACCGGCAGUUGUGGGUGUUGCCGUCUCCGAUUGCAGUGCCUGUGCCGAGGAGUGGGCUGACAUGAUUAGAACCACAAUGAGCAGUGAAGGCGUUGGUCGCUAG